CACACGCCGUCCUAUUGCCGCGCGUGGGCGGGACGCGACCCGUCACCCACGCCCCCACCCAACUUGAGCCUUUGACGCACACCAAACAGCCGUUUAAGGGCUUGUUCGGUUAUUCCCAAUACACAUGGAUUGGAUGGGAUUGGAAAAAAUUGAGAAGAAGUUUGACUUGUUUGGGAUUCAAACUCAUCCAAUCCCACACAAUCCACAUGGAUUUAGAGCUAACCGAACAAGCCCUAACUAAACUACUCAUUUUCCCUCCCGUCCAAAUUUACUCCGCCUCGCCUUCUCCUUGCCCCAGCUUUGUAUAUAAACAAACGCUCGUAACUCACCCACACCCACAUAGUAUUCGACAGGCUCACAAUUCCAGCUCAGGCCACCAGCAAGCACAUCGCAAAGGAGAACAGAACAGAACAGAGAGCCAUGGCGGCGGUCGCCGUGAGCGGGAGGCUGCGGACGCUGGGGCGCGGCGCGUCGGGCGCCGUGGUGUCGCUGGCGUGGGACGCCGCGUCGGGGGAGCUGGUCGCGGUCAAGUCGGCCGGCGCGAGCGGCGCGGCGGCGCUCAGGCGGGAGCACGCGGUGCUGGCCGGGCUGCGCUCGCCGCACGUCGUGCGCUGCUUCGGCGGCGGCGAGGCGGCGGAGGCGGCGGAGGAGGGGUCGUCGUACCAGCUCUUCCUCGAGUACGCCCCCGGCGGGUCGCUCGCCGACGAGGUGGCCCGGAGCGGGGGCUCCCUCGGGGAGCGCGCCGUCCGCGCGUUCGCAGCCGACGUGCUGCGGGGGCUGGCGUACCUCCACGCCCGCUCCGUCGUGCACGGCGACGUCAAGGCGCGGAACGUGCUGGUCGGCGCCGGAGGCCGCGCCAUGCUCGCCGACUUCGGCUGCGCCAGGGCGCUGUCCGGCUCCGGCUCCGGCUCCGCGCGCCGGCCGAUCGUCGGCGCCACGCCGGCGUUCAUGGCGCCCGAGGUGGCUCGCGGGGAGGACCAGGGCCCCCCCGCCGACGUCUGGGCGCUCGGCUGCACCGUCGUCGAGAUGGCCACCGGCCGCGCCCCGUUCGGCGGCAUGGGUGGCGCUGGCGGCGCCCUCGCGGCGGUCCACCGGAUCGCGUACACGGACGCCGUGCCGGAGGUGCCGGCCUGGCUGUCGCCGGAGGCCGGGGACUUCCUGGCCCGCUGCUUCGCCAGAGACGCCGCCGACCGGUGGACCGCCGCGCGGCUCCUGGAGCACCCGUUCGUGGCGUUGGCCCGCCACGACGACAAGGCCCCGCGGCCGUCUCCCAAGAGCGCUCUGGACGCCGCGUUCUGGGAGUCCGAAACAGAGUGCGAGGACGAAGCGGACGAUGCGUCAGGGAGCGCGUCGGAGAGGAUCGAGUCACUGGCGUGCUCCGCCGGGGCCUUGCCCGACUGGGACGGCGAGGGCGGAUGGAUCGACGUGCUCGGCGAGCACUGCGGCGCGCCAGGCAAAGCGUCCAGCGUCCUGGUGGCGGUGCCAGGUGGGGAGAUGGAUGUCGGCGGCGGCGGUCUACCCAGUGAUGAUGGGCUGGAAGCAGAGGACGUGCCGUUCGGUGGCGGCGGUGUUCCAGUUCCAGUUCCAGCAGCUGAUGCUUCGGCUGGGCGCCAUGAGAAACACUGUUCGAGUUCCGACUGUCAUGCGCUCUCCUGUCAGCUAGUACCUUGUAAUCUAGUCUUUAAUGCAAUAAAGUUAUGGGUUCCCACAAAUUUUCGCUGUGAUGCUUGCUCUCUCUGUUCGAUUCCCCUGGUCACGAGGACACUCUCUGCUCUGCUUAUAUGCCUUUGA